AUGUCUGAAGCUGAGGACAUUGCUGUUCAAGGAAAAUAUGGAAGAGGGUGCCAUUGCGUAAAGUCAAAUUGUUCAAAUGGAUAUUGCCCUUGUCACAAGAGAAAAGCUGGAUGUUCAGGUACAUGCCGAUGUGAAAUUUGUGAUAAUUACUACGGCAGCAAAAACGCUCAAAGAAUGAAAUUAUCAGAAGAUAUGAUCUAUGAAAUAUUUUCCUGGCUCCCAGCAAAAUCAAUAUGCAGAUUCAAGUCUUGUUCCAAGUCCAUCUAUAAGUUGACACAAGAAACAUACUUUGCCUUGAAGCAAUCUCAACAUUCCAUGACUAUGAAUGAUUCUUGCCUCUUUAUUCAGCCAUAUGAGCAUUAUUUUUUGGAAUCAUUCAAAACUGAACCAUAUGCAUUGCCUGGAGAGGAGAAACUUUCUGGCGCUCCGAAAGAUUUCCUUCGGUUUCUUUCUCAAACGUGUUUGAAAAUUCUAGCCUCUAGUAAUGGUUUGCUUCUCUGUCAAAGACUAACAACAAAAGAAAAACAACUAUAUGUCUGUAAUCCUAUUACAAAAUCAUGCUUGGACAUUCCCUUCCCAACCAACUUGAUAGAAGAUACUGGUUCUGAUGAGGUGAAAUUCUUAUUAGAAUGUGAUGAUGAUGAAGAGGAAUACAAGAUCAUUCUUGUUGAGUAUACCGAUUCAAGUUAUAAGUGCAAAACUUUUAUGCCAAAAGAAGGUGUUUGGAAAUCAAGAGGAGGAGGCUUCUUUGAUAGAACGUUUUGUGGAUACCACAACAUAUGUGACCCUCCUUUAAUCCAGAAGGGAGCCAUUCACUUAAUGAUAAAUAGUGAAUAUUAUACUCCAGAAAGUAUGACAAUACACCACCUUGCGAGUGGCUCAUCAAGAUUCCUUGGACUUCCAUUAGAAGCCUUUGAGUAUCCUGGUCCAUACAUUUAUUUGGAACUUGGGAUUUUCAAGUGGGGCAAAGUUUAUGAUGAGUCAAUUUGUUUUGUGACAUUAUUCGAGGAUUUAAUUUUUAGCAUAUGGGUGUAG